AUAGUGUGAGCAAGAGAGAGGAGAUCAUAAAGGAUACCCUGUUGCGACGAUUUCGCUUUCAUGUUUUGGAAAGUCCAUAGGCCUACAUCACAAAGGUGAAUGCUGCAGGACAGCCCCCUGGGAAAGGAAUGAGCAAAGAAGCCUUGUGAUUAUUUGCUGAAGCAGCAGCGGCACGCUUCUCCCCUGUCUGAGUCUCCCUCAAAGUGUGAAUAACAAGAUGGGGAAUGGAUUAUCAGACCAGAUCUUCCCCAGCCUUCCUUACUUCCAGGCCCUCCAUAUUGUCAUCCUGGGUCUGGACUGCGCCGGGAAGACCACUGUCCUCUACCGCCUUCGUUUCAAUGAGUUUGUGAACACGGUCCCCACUAAGGGAUUCAACACGGAGAAGAUCAAAGUGUCCCUGAGCGCUAGCGGAAAGUCCUGGCGGAAGGCAGCGUUCCACUUCUGGGACGUGGGUGGUCAGGAGAAGCUUCGCCCCCUGUGGCGCUCGUACACGCGGUGCGCCGACGGCAUUGUGUUCGUGGUGGAUUCCGUCGACACCGAGCGCCUGGAGGAGGCCAAGACGGAGCUCCAUAAGAUCACGAGGUUAGCAGAGAACCAGGGGGUGCCUGUUCUAGUGGUGGCCAACAAGCAGGACCUGAGGAACUCUCUGCCGCUUCACGAGAUGGAGCGCUCUCUGGCGCUAGGGGAACUGGGUAAUGGAACGCCCUGGCACCUGCAGCCCACCUGUGCCAUCAUAGGGGAGGGGCUACAGGAAGGUCUCGAGAAGCUCCACACCAUGAUCAUCAAAAGGAGGAAGAUGCAGAAAGCUCAACAGAAGAAGAAGAGAUGAUCGGAUUGGUCACACACACAACCGCCAUCAUGGCGGAGUUGGUGGAGUUACAGAAGGACUUCAUAUGAGAUAUCAAUGGUGGUGGAUGGUGACCCACCUGUCGGGGUGUUAACCUGUUAACCAUGAGCUGGACACGUGGUGUUGACUAGUAUGGUGUACUACAGUACCCAUAAUGCUAGGUGUCUCCUUAUCAAUACAUUGACCAGGUGAUGUGGAGCUCUCAGUGAUGGGUCAGCUGCUUGCCUGCCUGUCUGUCUGUCUGUCUGUCUGUUGGCUCAGUUGUAUCAGACAAAUGGAAUGGGACUGAGUUUGUUCAGGGCUAUCUCGGGGUGUUGUCACUAUGUCCUCACUGGAACUAAUGGAGUAGAUAUUUUUCACCAUGCCAUGGACUUUGGAUGGUAACAGUCCUGGCUGAUACAGUAACAUGGGACAGUGGUCACUAAUGUAUUUUUAUAGGAAGUAUUUCAUCAUACCAUGAGGCAUACAAGAGUUCUCAGAGAGACAAAACAAUCAAAACAUUGUUGAAGUGUCAGAGAAGUCAAAUGUACACUUGAUUGUAUGCUGUCUAUACUCUCAAGUGUUACAAAGGUAUUUAGCCUAUUGUUCAAUCAGUUUGAAGCCUGAAAACACAAUGAAAUUAUAGGUUUACCAAAGCUUUUGUUGACAAUGAGAUUACAUGUCGAAAACACAAAGAAGGACUAUGUCCCCCCCACAUUCUGAAAUUGCAGUUUUGUCCAUGCGGAAGCCUCUGAGCGGUCGGGUAGGCUGUUUGGAGUGGUUAUCUGACCGGAUUACAUGUUUUUAUUUUUUUAUAACAAUUGAUGUCCCCCCCACUUCUAAAAACAAAGUUGCGCCCCUGGAUAGAAGUCUAGAUAGAAGAGUUCAGAAUAAGCUCAAUGAUGAUGAUUCACUGAGAAGAGAAUACAGAGAGUUUUUAAACUUGAGUGUAAUUACGUUAGUGUUUCAUCAGUGAUAAAUGAUUAGGAUCUACAGCAGUUAGGCUAUUUAAUGUUACUAUCACUUGGGUGAGGUGAGGUCAAGGUGGGGUAAAAACUCAGUUCAGCUCAGCACUAUUCGUGUCAGUGUCAGGCAGGGUGGUUGUGUCGUGUGUAAUUCUGUUGAUUGUCAGGCUCAGUUGGCUCAGCAUACUCUGAAUAUUCCUUCCUGGCUUGGCUAGCUGUCUGAUCUGGACCCUGUACUCCAAAGGUGUCAGGCUUCUGUCAGAUCCAGGCCUAGUACCUGCCUAAGACUUUGGGUGCGUUCCAGAGUGUAGAUCCAGCCCUACUUCGCUAUCUACCAGGCCACGUGUAGCUCAGUUGGUAGAGCAUGGCGCUUGUAACGCCAUGGUUGUGGGUUCGUUUCCCACGGGGGACCUGUAU